AUGCGCAUUCAGGUGAGCUUGUGGAAUGGAGAAGACUGGGCAACAGAUGGAGGGAAGACCAAGAUCGACUGGUCUCAUGCACCAUUUGUUGCCCAUUUUCAAGGUUUUGGUUUUGGUGCAUGCCCAGUGCCUAAAAACACCAUAGAUGUUGAAGGUUGCUAUGAUUCCAAGUAUUGGUGGAAUGGUAGCAAAUAUUGGAAGUUGAGUGGCAAGGAGCAAAGGCUAUUUGAGGAAGUGAGGGACAAGUAUAUGAAUUAUGACUAUUGUGAUGACACAAAUAGGCAUGCUACUACUCCACCUGAGUGUGAAUUCAAUAAAUAA